AUGGCUUUGCCACAUAUAAAAACAAUUUCUAAGUGGUACAGAUCUAUAGGUGGAACACCUGGAUUUACAAAUGAAGCAUUGGCUGCUAUUAAAAUGAAAGUAAGAGAAACAAACAGUGAAAUUUUGGGCAAUUUGGUAUUUGACGAAACGUUUAUAAUGCAAAGUGUUGAGCGGAAUGGGAAACGAUGCACUGGAUAUGUUGAUGUCGGCAUUGAAGUAUAUGGGGAUAAUAUUCCAGAAGUUACGAAAGCCCUUGUUUUUAUGGUUGUAGCUAUAAAUAGUCAUUGGAAAAUACCUGUUAG